UGGAUGGAGAAUAAAUUCUCGUGCGAUGUGAUUGGUCUGGCGCAUCCCUUGCUGUGUCACGACCGUGUUCGUGCCGUGAACUUUUCACAGUCAUGCGAAAACCGCACUACUUCCUCUUUGAACUAACCAAUUAGUGGAGGGGACGUAAAUCAAACAUAAAUGUAUUUGUGAGUGACGGCAUGGGCUGAAUAUACAUUCACGAAUGAUUGACUUUCUUCUGAAAACAUCCCUAAAAUGUUAAUUAAAAGUCGUUGGUAGUCGAGCUUUGUCGUCUUACGGUGGUCGCUGUAUAAGAUACGGUCGCAAAAAAAACUCUUAAAGAUGUUACAACAUUUGGUUAUUAUAGUUUAUGGUCUGCACUGUUUCCAGGCUUGUUUUGCCAUCAGCCAAGAUGAAAGUGCCCGUUCAUAUCUUGAACACUUCAACACCACACGUAACAAUCACGUGACUCCAGUACUAAAAACUGCAGCACGUGACUUCAUCGUGAAGACCUUCCAGGACUUUGGACUGGACACGUGGACAGAGGAAUUUGCGUCUAACCAGAAAAACUUUCCAGGAAUCAAUAUAAUCGGCCGUGUCAAUGGAAGGUACACUGGGACGAGUAAGGACAAGAUUCUUAUCAUCGCUGCUCACUACGAUACGGUGAAAGUAACAAAUGGAGUUGAUGACAAUGGUUCUGGUAUGACGGCUUUGCUCCAGGCUCUAAGACAAUACAAGAGCUCAAAUUAUAUGAAGUGUUCUCAAAACUACACUUUGCUUUUCGUGGCUUUUGAUCUCGAGGAAGUUCAACAGUCUUGUCAAACUGCACCGUGUUCCUGUUCAGCAGGAUUGUGUGGAAGUAGAUACUUUGUUCAAAAUCUUACCAGAUACGUUGAGGAGAACAAGUGCACUGUACAAGGUGCAUACGUAAUGGACGUAACAAUGAACUAUAACACAUCGAACGGUUCACAGUCCCUUCCUCCUGGUACCAACAUAUACUUCCCAGCUCAAUACAAAUGGAUAGAACAAAAUCAAUUUCGAGGAGAUUGGUUGGCUGUCAUAGGAAGAAAAGACGAUGAUUCUGUGCUGAGCAACAAGUUUGUGUCAAACUUUAAACAAGGAGCUUUCAAAGCCUUGCCGAUUCCAUUGCCGUUUAGUGGAAGACCAAAGGACGUAGAUCCUACGCAACGAGGAGCACUAUCGGACUUUCUUCGGAGCGACCACGCAAGAUUCUGGGACAGCAAUAACUCUUGGCCAGCGGUAUUCCUGACAGACACGGCAGACUUUCGUGGUUACAUGAAGACUUGUUACCAUCARCAAUGUGACAACAUGGAUCGAGUUAAGCCAGAGAUGAUUACAUUCAUGGGAAGAACCGCUGAUGCAUUAGUAGCGGCGGCUCAAUCGCUGACAGAACAAGUUUGUCCUUCCAGAGAAAACUGCAAGAACGUAACCAUCAAAAGCGACAAUUCAACAAUUUCCUCCCCGUCCUACCCUUCUGAGUACCCAAAUGGCAUCGAAUGUAGCUGGCUCAAAGAAAUCAGUAGUUCAAGUGACAACCAAUCGUUGCAGUUUGAGGAUUUCAAUCUUGAAGGAAGCCCAAGUUGCUCUAACGACUUCUUGGAGGUGUCAGCAGGAAAUACCAUUGACAACAUGCGUGUUAUUGAUAAAUAUUGUGGCUCGACCCAACCCAGUACCAUCCGCGUGCCUCAUAAGAUAGUCAAGGUUCGCUUUGUUACUGAUGCCCUGGUUUCAAAGAAAGGAUUCAGGAUCACCUGGACAACGCCACCCAAAAAGACAACGCCAACAAAGCAAACAACGCCAAAAAAGCAAACAACGCCAACAAACAAACCAAAUUCGAGUGGCACGGCAGGAAAAGGUAACAGUAGUCACGUGAUCACAAGUAAAUAG